CUCCCCCCGCUCCCUCCCGCGGCGGGCCGGGCCGCUCCGUUCGGCAGCCUGACGGGUAGAGCGCGGCGCCCCCCGCGGCAGGACGCGCUUCGGGCCGUGGCAGCCCCGCGACCGCCGCCCCCAGAGCAGCAUGAGGCGAAGGUUAAUAAUGCUUGUAAGCCAGAGGUGAAAGUGGCUCAGCAGAGCAACAUCGUAAAAUCUGGCGGACUGGAAGAGAACAGCUGCCCCCCAGGGCAGCUGCGAAGUGUGAAGCAUGGAGGAAAGUAAGAAUGAGAAGGUGAACCAGGCUCAUGUUCUCUUCGACAGAUUUGUCCAGGCUUCAACCUGCAAGGGGACUCUCAAGGCUUUCCAAGAGCUCUGUGACUACCUAGAACUAAAGCCUAAGGACUAUCGUUCUUUCUAUCACAAACUCAAGUCCAAGCUAAAUUACUGGAAAGCCAAAGCCUUGUGGGCCAAAUUGGAUAAAAGAGGCAGCCAUAAGGACUACAAGAAGGGGAAAGCAUGCGCCAACACGAAGUGUCUGAUAAUUGGGGCUGGACCCUGUGGCCUUCGUACAGCCAUCGACCUAUCAUUCCUAGGAGCCAAGGUGGUGGUCAUAGAAAAGAGGGAUGCCUUUUCCCGCAAUAAUGUGCUGCAUUUGUGGCCAUUCACCAUACAUGACUUGAGGGGUCUUGGCGCCAAAAAGUUUUACGGCAAAUUCUGUGCAGGAUCCAUAGACCAUAUCAGUAUCCGUCAGCUCCAGCUUAUCCUUUUGAAGGUUGCCUUGAUCUUGGGAAUAGAGAUCCAUGUCAAUGUGGAAUUUCAGGGGCUUGUUUACCCUCCGGAGGAUCAGGAGAAUGAAAGAAUAGGUUGGCGUGCAUUGGUCCACCCAAAAACCCAUCCAGUAUCUGAGUAUGAGUUUGAAGUCAUCAUUGGAGGGGAUGGCAGGAGGAACACCUUAGAAGGGUUUCGCCGAAAAGAGUUCCGUGGUAAACUAGCAAUUGCUAUCACAGCAAACUUCAUCAAUCGCAACACCACAGCUGAAGCCAAAGUAGAAGAGAUCAGUGGUGUGGCCUUCAUAUUCAACCAGAAGUUCUUCCAGGAUCUACGAGAAGCCACAGGUAUUGACUUGGAGAACAUUGUCUACUACAAAGAUGACACGCACUACUUUGUCAUGACUGCCAAAAAACAGAGCUUGCUGGAAAAAGGAGUGAUACGGCAUGAUUAUGCUGACACAGAGUUACUACUCUCACGGGAGAAUGUGGACCAGGAGGCUCUGCUAAACUAUGCCAGAGAAGCAGCUGAUUUCUCCACUAAUCAGCAGCUGCCGUCACUGGACUUUGCCAUCAAUCACUAUGGUCAGCCAGAUGUGGCCAUGUUUGACUUCACGUGCAUGUAUGCAUCGGAGAACGCAGCCCUGGUGCGAGAGCAGAACGGCCACCAGUUACUUGUGGCACUGGUUGGGGACAGUCUCUUAGAGCCAUUUUGGCCAAUGGGAACUGGAAUAGCCAGGGGAUUUUUGGCUGCAAUGGACUCUGCUUGGAUGGUACGAAGUUGGUCACUCGGAGCUAGUCCUUUGGAAGUUCUUGCAGAGAGGGAAAGCAUUUAUAGGCUACUGCCUCAGACCACCCCUGAGAAUGUGAGUAAAAACUUCAGCCAUUACAGCAUUGAUCCUGCCACCCGGUAUCCCAAUAUCAACGUCAACUUCUUGCGGCCACAGCAGGUACGCCACUUGUAUAAUACAGGAGACUUGAAAGACAUUCAUCUGGAAAUAGAGAACUUUGUGAACUCCAGGACACCAAAGCUGACUCGGAAUGAGUCUGUAGCUCGCUCUAGUAAAUUGCUUAGUUGGUGCCAGAGGCAGACCGACGGAUAUGCUGGUGUAAAUGUGACGGAUCUCACGAUGUCAUGGAAAAGUGGCCUAGCUUUGUGUGCCAUUAUCCACAGAUACCGUCCAGACCUAAUAGACUUUGAUUCUUUGGAUGAACACAAUGUGGAGAAGAAUAAUCAGCUGGCCUUUGACAUCGCUGAAAAAGAGUUUGGAAUAUCUCCCAUUAUGACUGGAAAAGAAAUGGCAUCUGUUGGAGAGCCAGAUAAACUGUCUAUGGUGAUGUACCUCACACAGUUCUAUGAGAUGUUCAAAGACACCAUACCCUCUAGCGAUGCUCUGGACCUGAAUGCAGAAGAAAAAGCUGCCCUAAUUGCCAGUACUAAAUCACCCAUCUCUUUUCUCAGUAAACUGGGACAAAGCAUCUCUCGGAAACGCACUCCAAAGGACAAAAAAGAAAAGGAACUGGACGGUGCAGGAAAGAGGAGAAAAACCAGCCAGUCUGAGGAUGAGGACAUCCCGCGAAGCUACAGAGAAGAAAGGCCCACGCUGGUGAGCGCCUUGACAGAGAGGAGAAUUGAUGCUGCCAUUGGGAAUCAGAACAAAGUCAAGUCUAUGGCAACCCAGCUACUUGCCAAGUUUGAGGAGAACGCACCAGUGCAGUCCUCAAGCUUACGAAGACAGCAACCUGUCCUGCCUUAUCAAGAACGUGUUCACAACCAACCAUCCAGCAGACGAGAGCAGGGCCGUCUUGCUCCCAUACCCCAGUGGAAACAGAGAAACAGGGAACCUGGUGCCGACUAUCCUGGGGAGCAGAGUCCCAGACAGGAAAGGAGAUCUCCUCGUUUAUUUUCUGAUGACCAAGUGCCUGAGAAUGUUGAACAAAGGGCAUGUCAGCUAGCUGCCCUCCUGGAGUCCAGACCUGCAGUGAGGCAUCAGCCUGAGACUGAACCGUCUCGCCGAUUCUUUGUUGACCAGUGGGAGCUCUCCCUUAGCCUCCGUUCUUCUAAUCGCCCUUCUUCACCUUCAUCUGACUCUCUUCGACAGAAGUAUAUAAAGAUGUACACAGGCGGAGUGAGCUCAUUGGCUGAGCAGAUAGCCAAUCAGCUUCAAAGGAAAGAGCAACCCAAAACCCUUCUAGACAAGAAGGAACUGGGCUCACUCAAAAAGGAGUUCCCCCAAAACCUGGGAGGCAGUGAUGUCUGUUACUUCUGCCGCAAGCGAGUCUAUGUGAUGGAAAGACUGAGUGCUGAAGGCAAGUUCUUCCACCGCAGUUGCUUCAAGUGUGAAUACUGUGCGACAACUCUGCGCUUGUCAUCUUAUGCCUAUGAUAUUGAAGAUGGUAAAUUCUACUGUAAGCCUCACUACUGUUACCGACUCUCUGGUUAUGCUCAAAGGAAGAGGCCAGCAGUGGGUCCUCUGUCAGAAAAGGACACCAAAGGACCUCUGCAGGACGCCAUGGCAAGUGAUGGAAGUGGACGGGCAAAUACCAUCUCCGCCUCAGCAGAGAGGGCCCCAGGUUCUAAUGUAAAUGGGCUGGAAGAGCCCAGCCUUGCUAAGCGGCUGCGUGGCACACCUGAGCGGAUUGAGCUGGAGAACUACCGACUGUCACUGCAGCGGGAAGAAGAACUGGAAGAGGUGCCUGAAGAGACACUAGCAGAGCAUAACCUGAGCAGUGUGUUGGACAAAGGAACAGAAGAGGAUGUGCCCAGCAGUAGUUCAGAGUCAGAGAUGGAGGAGGAAGAUGAGGAGGAAGAAGACGAACUACUGCUGCCUCAGCAACCUCCUUCAGACUUGGGUGGUGUGCCAUGGAAAGAGGCUGUGCGUAUCCAUGCCCUCCUGAAGGGAAAGAGUGAAGAAGAGAUUGAGGCUGAGGAAAAUCAUGAGAUUGAGGACAAAGAAGAUGAGGAGGAGGAGGAAGAGGAAGAUGAAGAGGAGGAAGAUGAGGAGUCGAGCGAAGAGGGGGAGUAUUGCCCUUGGGAGAGCGAGCUGCAGCAAGGUCUCUGGCUUCAACGUCUCUCAAAUGAAGAGGACACGGGUACAUUUAAAGCUGGAAACCUUAGACUGCAGCAGAUUGUAAAUCCCGUGGAUCCUCUGGAGAUCCUGGCAGAUGUGCACUGGACACACAUCCGUGAAAAAGAGGAGGAGGAAAAAAUGGUCCCAACCUCAAAGUCCUCCACCUCCAGAGCAUCCGACCUUCCCUCCGUACGCCAUGAGGCGGUACAGGCGUGGCUGGAGACGGUCCCUGGAGCUCCAUGUGAGGAUAAUGAUGUGGAGGACGAGCUGGGCACGGAGCCAGCAGACACUGAAGGACAGGCAGGUGAAGAAGGAGACACGGGUGCAGAGCUGGAUGACGAUGACAUCCCAUCUGAUGCAGAAGCGGAGUUCCGCUUACAUCAAGGUAGCAUAGAAGAGCCAGAACUACAAGUCUCUGAAGAUGAAGAAGAUGAAGAAGGAGCAGAAGGUGCUUCUUGCAGUGUGACAAAAGAUCCAUGCAAGCCAUCCAUCCCUAUCCAGUCAUCUAGUGACAGUGUUCUUCCUCUGUCUCCAGUUGAUAGUCCCAGAGCAAAACAAGCAGAGGAUGCAAAAGAUCCCCUGGCUGAAGUAAUCCGUGCAAUAAAAUCUCCAGAGGGACGCUUUUUUCCUGAGCCUUUCAUUCUUGAAGAAGGACCAAAGGAUGAAAUUCCCAAAGACAGGAAAGUUAAGAGCCCUUUGGUGCCACCAUCUCCAGUGUUAUCCCAGCCAGUUGCAUCAUCAGAAGCCAUCGCACCUACAUCACUAGCAGAGUCUCAGCCAGCAGGACCAACGUUGGCUUCAUCCCCAACAUCGGCUCAAAUGCCUAUCUGUUCCCAGCCUUUGCCUUCUGCUGAAACAUCCAUUCCAUCCCCAGUGGAGCCUCCAGUAUGUUUCCAACCUGUCCCAGCCUUAACGUCUACUCCUUUAGCUAAACUGGUCCUUAGGGGCCAGGAUAGUGAGGUGGAAAAACUGGGGAGCCCUACUACUGCAGAAGAAGCCUUGAAACGGAGUAACCUUGUGGAAGAGUUUUGGAUGAAGAGUGCUGAAAUCCGGAGGAGCUUAGGACUCACCCCAGUAGACAGAAACAAACGCACAGAGACGAACUUUACUGUAUCUGCCCUUGAGACAACUCCUCUGAAGACUUUUAAUACCGAGAAUAUUUCAGGGGAUGAAAGGCUCCAGCUUGUGAAACCACAGCCUGCCCCAAGAAGACAGGGACUGUCCAAGUUAGAAAACGAGCAGAUUUCUCUGCUCACUCCAAAAUCUCCAUCAGAAAAAGAGCUAAGGAGUUCCAGUGAAGAAAGGAGAGAUGUAUCGAGCAGUUCUGGACUUGGCCUUCAGGAGAGCUCAUCUAACAUGAGAACUAUGGCUAGCCAGAGCUUCAACACCUCUGACUCUACCAUGCUUACUCCUCCAUCAAGUCCUCCACCACCACCACCUCAGGAUGAAGAACCAGCCACUUUGCGUAGAAAGAGACAUCAAGCAGUCUGGCAGAAUGAGGUUGAAGCCAGGUCUCCUCCAACACCAGCAUCAACACCUCCUGCUCCCCCACGCCGUGAGCCGACCUCUGCUGCCAAAGAGUCAACCCAGGCCAAAAAAGAUGACGUGCGAAAGUCUUUUGCAGAGAGUGUGGAUGAGAUUCCAUUUGCUGAUGAUGUAGAGGACACAUAUGAUGACAGGACAGAGGACUCAAGCCUUCAUGAGAAGUUCUUUACACCUCCUACCAGUAGACCAAGGCCAGAGAAACCACUUCUUUUGCCCUUGGUCAAAGAAAAUGGUGGUCCACCCUCAAUGGAAGGAGGAGUUAACCAAAAGAAGAGAGUGUUGCCUGAAAUUUCUGUGGAGGCCAAGGAGCUUGCUGAAGAAAGAAUGAGAGCCAGAGAGAAGUCUGUCAAGAGCCAAGCACUACGUGAUGCCAUGGCUAAACAGUUGUGUAAGAUGAAAGAUAUGGAGAUGGCUGCAGCUGCUGCUGGGGCCACAAGGGCACGAAAGGCGUCUUCUAUGCCGUUGAAGACCAAAGAGUUGUUUUAUGACUCUCCAAAGCAUCUGGCCUUGAAAAUACCAGAGGGUUCCACACGAAAGCAUGAUGCUGCUAGUGAGAAGUUCUCCACUCCUGCUGCUGAUGUGGCUGGACCUGAAGGGUCUGUCACCUCUUCAGAAGGCUCCAGUGGGAAGAGUAAGAAAAGAACUUCUAUUUUCUCCCCUCGUAAGAACAAAAAGGAGAAGAAAUCCAAAAAUGACAGCAGGCUUUCUGAUAAAUCUAGUGGUGGGACAGAGGAAGCAACAAAGCCUAGGUCAUUAUGGAAGUCUGUUUUCUCUGGAUAUAAAAAAGACAAGAAGAAAAAGACUGAUGACAAAUCCUGCCCAAGUACUCCCUCAAGUAGUGCCACUGUGGAUUCUGGCAAGCACAAAGCUUCUCCCCUGGUUACAGCUGCAGAUUUGCAGCUCCGUCAACACCUGAGUUUCUCAGAGGACUCUGACCUCUCCAGUGACGAUAUUCUGGAACGCUCCUCCCAGAAAUCUAAGCGAGAGUCGAUUUAUGUACCACACGCCUUGGCAUUCAAGAGAUCAUAUUCGUCAAAGAGAGCCUACACAGAAGAGGAACUGAACGCCAAGCUGACCCGGCGCGUACAGAAAGCUGCCCGUAGACAAGCCAAGCAAGAAGAGCUAAAGAGGUUACACAGAGCUCAGAUCAUCCAGCGGCAGCUUGAACAAGUGGAAGAGAAGCAGAGGCAACUCGAGGAGAGAGGGGUUGCUGUGGAGAAGGCCCUUCGGGGAGAAGCAGACUAUUGGGGAGAGUCUUAUUACAGUGACCUCAUCGACUUGCAUCUGGGUGUUGAGCCCAAUGCCGGGACACCACGUCGUAGACCUCUCUCCUUCUGCCCUUGCUGUGCCCAUGAAGGCAUGGGUAAGAAGGAUGAUCCCAAGCUGAUGCAGGAGUGGUUCAAGCUGGUGCAGGAGAAGAAUGCCUUGGUUCGCUACGAGUCCGAACUGAUGAUAUUCGCUCGGGAGCUAGAACUGGAAGACAGGCAGAGUCGAUUACAGCAGGAACUCCGGGAGAGGAUGGCAGUAGAAGAUCAUCUGAAGACAGAUGAGGAACUCUCAGAGGAGAAGAGGAUCCUGAAUGAGAUGCUAGAAGUAGUGGAGCAGAGAGAUUCUCUCGUGGCUCUCCUUGAGGAGCAACGGCUUCGAGAAAAAGAAGAAGACAAGGACCUGGAGGCAGUCAUGCUUUCCAAAGGUUUUAGCUUGAACUGGUCCUGAGCUUAACACAUUUACCUCUGCUGGUCUGUGUUGUCCAGUUGGCCUACCCUGAGUUCGCCAGAAUUACAUGGAUAGGAAGAUGUUGAAGGGGAAACCUCUGAAGGGUCCAACAGCAUGCAGGGAUUUGGUUUGAAGCACUCGGAAGCCUUUUGAUAAGUGUGUUGGUUCCAGAAGCUUAAGUUUUACAUGUCUGCAAGCCAAGUUGAAGAUAGUGAAUUGAGACUGUGGAGUCUCCUUGAGGUCCUAUGCAAUGGACCGUAUUUUUGUGUGUGUGGUAGGAGGGAGAGGAAUAAUCCAUGUGUGGGGAAGGAAGUUAAGGGAAGAAGUAUCCCUAACUAAACUGGAUUCCUGUCAGUCCAUUCCUUUCCCAUUUUUACUACACCGGUUCUAAUAAAAGGGAGGGCAGUGACAACCCUCUCUGGAAAACCACAGCAGCCUGUAGCAGCUUAUUUGGUGGAGUCAGCUGUCCGAGAGAGCUCCAGAAGCCCAGGGCAACACCUUCUUUGCUUUAGUCUUCCUCCCCACCAAAGAAACCUGCAGUUGAUCAUUAUACAUGGAUAUGAAGAAAUAUGAGACAGAGAAGAUACUACUAGUAUGCAUGAUGGAACUCUCUGCGUCCUGGUUUUUAGACAGAUGUGGGCAUCAGAGGACUCUCUCCCUAUCAUAGCCUCCUAAAUCUUCUUGUGGGGAAAAAAGGGGAGAAGAAGAGAGGGAAGAUGCCCUUCUGCUUUGCUACACACUGGAGAGACAGCUACUGCUGGCCUUAGUCUUCAUGGCCACAGCUCACAGGCUGGUGGGCUUCUUUGUUCUGUUUUUGUUGUGACAGUUUUGACACUGGAAAAUACUGACUGUGGGACAGUGGUAAGUGUGUGCUGGGACAGGGGUCUUACCAGGCGGCAUUCCCUGGCUGUUAGGCCCCUAAAAGGGAGAAGCCCAUAAGUGACCGAACCACCAUUAAGACCUUGCAGUGUUUUGGUUUUUUUUUUUUUUUUUUCCUCUGUAUUUUGUUUUUGCACAUUGGAAACGAAGCUUAAGACCUGCCUGGGCCCUCAGUCACUUUGACCCUUUUAUGUCAAUUAACUUAUUUUUUUAAUACUUGAAAGAAGAUUCAUUUUUUUAUCUUUUAGGAAAAAAAUGGAUGAGUGAUGGGUGUGUGUGCCUGCUGCAUCCUACAACUUCCACUUCUAAAUUACUGGACGUUGUUACCUGUGGCUAUUUAUUAGUGUUCUUAUUAAUAAUUUGAUUGUUACACGUAUUUGAUUGCGGAGGGAGUGUUUUAACUCUUUUAGAGAAAGACACUACUGCGGAUUGGUCCCUGCUUCACAGCAAGGGCAGCCUUUAUGGACCCAUGGAUGCAUCGUGCCCUGGAAGUUUUCCUUUAUGACAAAAUCCCGCACACUCGUGGAGUUGUAAGAAUCUAUUCGUGUUCCUAGCAUACUUUUCUUCUGGAUCCCAGAUUUCCUCUGAUGGACUAAUAAACCUAUAAUUUAUUUAAAUUUUACAUUUUUAUGACAGGAGAGCCAAAACUGUGAGGUAGAAAUAUCCCAUAUGUCUGUCUCUCACUGAAAGAGGGGACCCUCACACUCCUGAGAUACAGCUAGAGGGACUUCCAUGAAAAUAAAAAUAGCACAUUUCCUGCUGCAUCUGUUGGAAGAAGCUCCUUUUGGCUCAGCUAGUGAAGCUGCUGCUUUUCAGCCAGGAGGGUACUCGUCGUAAUCAUCCGUUAAUCAACAAGCAGGACAUGCACUGAGCAAUUCAGCACCAUUCACUGUUUGACAGAUUCCCUGAGCACACACUGCAUCCUUACCUUGUCCCGCAGAGCUGAAAUAGUGCUGUGCGUUGGGUAUGUGUCCCAUCCUUAAUGUGAUGUGCUAAAGAGGGUCCCCCCCACCCUUGGAAUGCCACGUUCUUUUCUUGUUAAAGAAGUACUAAGCCUGCUCCCUGAUGUCCUUGAGGAAGUGUCCCAUUCCCAAGCACAUUCCUACAGCGUACUGACUCUUUCAGCUUGAGCUCAUGCCGUUGGUGCAAGGUACCCAAGCAGGGCUGAACAUCCUUAAAUCUUUUGUCCCAGACAGAAGUUAGCAUGGUUUCUUGCUGUUGGCUCUCUACCUCCUUGAAAGAGGUCUUCUGUAAGCCAGGGCCUACGAUUUGAGUUCACCUCUGACUCAGGAGCAUACCUCAGGCUGGGGAAGAAUAAGUAGGGCUGUCCCCAGAGACUCUGAGCGGUGCUUGUUAACUGCGGAAACAUGUUUUUUCCACCUCAAGUGUUCCCCCUUCAUCCCCUCUCGUGUUUUUUGCCAAGGCAUUACAAAUUAAAUCCAGAUGCUCAUGAAACCAAGCAGACAGGCAGCUCCAGUGGUACUUAGUAACUGGUAACUGCACGGUAGCAAGUGGUACCGGCUAUAUCAGCAUCACAGAGUGUUGGCUUACCAACAGGAUGUCCAACAAACAGAAUUCCCCCGCAUUUGCCAGGUCAAAUUGGCAACAAUAGUUUACAUAGCCUGCAUGUGAGGGGCCAGUGGAAGCUGGAGAGGAGGAGGGAAGAAAGAGGGAAGCUAGAUACAUCGUUUGUUGUAAACUGUCUUGCGCAGAGAAUUGGCCUCAGUCCAUUUUGUGGAGCAGUAGGUAUAUGGACCACAUCUAACCUUUUAACAAAAGAUCGUUGAAUGUGAGCUGUAGAACAGAAAGAAAUCCUGAAGAAAUACCAGUUUACUACUUUUCCCUUUCAUGCUGGGGGACUCUGGCCAGAUCUUUGCAAUGCCGAAGAGUGAUAUCACUUGAGGGGGGUAAUGCCGUACUGCAGGGGAAAACCACAUAUUCUGAUAUUCUAGAAGUGACCUCUCUAGGUUAUGCUGAAGUCCUCCAGCAGUGAGAAUGAAAAUGAAGAGCUAACAUCGCACACACAAAUUAAUUAAAAAUACACAAAAGGGAAUGUUAAAAGGCCUUUGUAUAUCAAAAUGGUUGAAAAAGGCACAACUUAUAUUUGCUGUUCAGUUGCACUUUAAGAAUAUGACUUGCAUAUCAGAUACUGGGUUUUUUUACUAUCUGAAUAUUUUUAAUUCAAAUUUUAUAUUUUUAAAACUGAAGAAGGCUCUUGUGACCACAAGAUCCCUUAUUUGUAUCAGAAUCCAAGUAGGAUGUUCUAGCUCUUUGUGCUGCCCAGGUGGGUGGCAGCAGCACAUGACUCAGCCAUGUGCAUUCAAUGACGUGUGUCCAUUUUGCGUACGAGGGGACCGAAAAGGCCCUCAAACCUCCGAGAAAUGAGCACGCAAGGGCAUCAUCCAUCCCCAUGUCACACGGUCCGUACCCAGGGGUGGCCACUUCCUCCCUGCAGUAGGCAGGAGGAGAGACGAGCUUGGAACCUAACCUGUGUUCCCGUUGAAAUGGACACGCUGAGGAUGGGGUGAGCACUUCAGUCCCCUACGGGGAAGGGAGGGGGGAUACCACCUCCUGGAAACAGCCGGGAGGCAGACGGGGAUGGGGGAGCGAGGACUGCCAAAACAACCAAUCUGCUGUUUUCACAGUACAAUUUUAUUUUUUUUUUAACUGUUCUGUUCCUUUUAACCAUGUUUUCCUUAAAACUCACAAAUGGCUGUAAAAUCCUGAGCUUCAGAGAACUGUGCGUGGGGAGGUGACAAGAUGUUUCAGCUCCAAGUUCCAGACAUAUUCCUUCUUUCAGUUAACCAAUACCCCAUGGUCUCGCUAGGGCAUGUUACAAACUGCGUUGCUGAACAUAUUUUAGAGCAAACCGCAAGUUUCUAAAAGUCUGUCCUUCUCUCUCUCCGUCUCUGCAUUUUAUGUAAAUAUUUGUUUGUAUGUAAAGACACCAGUGGAUCCUUGGGUUACCCCCACGGUCAAGAAUCUGAGUUUUGUGCAAUGCUUAGGCCUCUCUUAGAAACACGGUGCUUGCGUAGAGCUAGUCACCACGUUUGUGUGCACUCUGGUGGUUUUUAAUAUUUUUAUACAUCCUAAUCCUGAACAUUAUGAAGUAUUAUAAGUGGUCUAGACUGCAUGAUCUAGAGCAGCCGGCAGUUCCGUUUUCUUAGCAGCUGUUCCUAAAAUGUUCACAGCUACACCUUGUUUGGUUAACAUUCUUUUAGAAUGAGUUUUCAAUUAAGUGUUUACACCAGACACCAGUGGAUGAGAAAGGUGUUGCAUUACAAAAUCUCCCGUGUACAAACUGAAAAGCCGCAACAUGGCUUUAUGGGAAUUUCAGUUGUCACUGUCUGCAAUAAAGAGAAUUCUUAAAGCGUUCUAAAAACCAGCCUGUAUAUAGUUCACGGAGAAAGAGAUCACUGGCUCUUGACCAUUGCAAAAUAACAGAGAUUAGAAACUUUCCAAAAGUUGCUGCUUUUGGAUUGCUCAGAGUACUGCUAUAGGCAGGGUAGCCGGGCAGAGGAGGAUGUCACUGAAUGCAGAUGGGAAGGGGAGGAUGCCAUGUUGUGAUGGCAUUGCGGUAAUUUAAAUACUCUGUAUCUGUGCGUGCAUGCGUGUGUGUGUGUGAAGUCUAAUCCAGGUGAAGGGAUCUGCUUUGGCAUCUUCCCUUUUGUAUGAAAGUGAACUCUGAUAUUCAGAUUGUUCAAGGCUUUUACGGUUGGCAUCUAUGGAGUGUUAACAGAAAAGCGUAUACCCUACCUGUAAAAAAAAAACAACUCUGUUUUCUUCUGUUUGGUUGUGUUUUAUUGUUUGUUUUUAUGCACACUUGCUUCGUUGGUGUUGAGAUUUUAGCACCUCAGAUGGCCAACUGAACUAAAAAAAACAAAAUAAAGUCAUUAAUUAUUUUUUC